AUGGCGAAGAAGCACGUGCCGAGGCAACGCAAACAGAAACACCGGAAUCUGGCACGCAACAACCGCCAGGAUGGCCAAGGCGACGUUAUCGAUUUCCCAAAUGCGCAAGAGAUCCUCCCUGAGCAAAUCCGGGAGAAAGAAGCCCGGAAGGCCCGCAUGCGCGAGGAGUUGAAAAACCAGGGCGUCAAAGUCAGCAGCAAAAAGUCAAAGCGUCUGGAUAAAUACAUCGAGAACAAGCUCAAGAAGGACGAAAACCGAGAACUACUCGCCAAGCUGGCUGAGACGAGGGUAGACACCAGCCUCUUCGCAAGCAGUCGCUCCCUUGGCCACAAUCGUGAGACCACACGCGAAGCUUUGGCAAGAGCCCUGAAGGAGACACAAGCCGGUAUCAACAAGGACGACAAUGAGAGAAUCCUGUUCCAAGCACGGCAGCCGUCAGCAGACGAGGGCGAGGAUGACGGCGAGGAUGAGCCCCCUGUGAGAACUGUGGCAUCACCCCCGCAAAUCCAAUCUUCUGCGCCUCAGCCCUCAACGGGGAGCGUGGGUUUCGGUCUCAAGCGACCAUUGGACCUCGGCGAAGAUGGACGACCCAAGCUCGCGAAGCGACAAAAGAGAGGUGGCGUCAAGUCCAAAGUAACCAUUUCCCAGCCUAUUGAACCAGAGCCGGUUGUUGAAGAAUCCGAUGACGACGCAUGGAACGGCUUCAGCUCCGAUGACGGGACAGAAGAGUCAGCCAGCGGCAGCGACAGUAACAACUCUGAUGAACCAAGUGAACAAGAGGAUUCUGAUGUCGAGUCCGAAGGCGAGUCGGAGGAGUCGAAAUCCGAAGGCAGCAGUGAUGACAGCAGCCAGGAAGAGUCAGACGAAGUGUCAGACGAGGAGGCAGCGCGAUCCAAACGAAAAGAGCGCUCUUCAGCCUUCAAGCAAUGGGCUCAUCAGCAACGGAACGAGGCCAUGGGGUAUACACCAGUUGGAUCAGGUCCACAAGGCCUCCAAAUACCGAAACCUGCAAAUUUUACACCCCGACCGCUCGAGGAAGAUCCAUUACCCCGCGAGCUGCUGCCGACAAAGAAUGUGGACCGGAAAGCCUACAGUGUCACCGUAUCACGGUCUCCUGACAUUCAGGAGGCUCGACUAAAGCUUCCGGUGGUGGCCGAGGAGCAGCGGAUAAUGGAGGCCAUCCACGACAACGACAUUGUCGUUCUAUGCGGUUCCACAGGAUCCGGGAAAACCACUCAAGUCCCCCAGUUUCUCUUCGAGGCGGGAUACGGAUCUCGCGAUGGCCCAACACCUGGCUUGAUCGGUGUCACCCAGCCCAGGAGAGUUGCAGCUGUCAGUAUGUCAAAACGGGUCGGUCAGGAGCUCGGGGACCAUUCCGACAAAGUGGCUUAUCAAAUCCGUUUUGAAGGCACGGUUGAUCCAAAAACGGCUGUAAAAUUCAUGACUGAUGGUGUGCUGCUCCGAGAAGCAGCUCGAGACAUCGCCCUCAGGAAGUACUCCGCCAUCAUUGUUGACGAGGCUCACGAGCGAAGCGUCAACACUGAUAUCCUGAUUGGUAUGCUCAGCAGGGUGGUCAAGCUGCGUGCAGAGCUGUCCCAGGAAGACCCAACGAAUAAGCCUUUGAAAUUGGUCAUCAUGUCUGCUACACUUCGGAUAGAAGAUAUGACACAGAACCCAACCUUGUUCAAAACGCCUCCUCCGGUCUUGGAGGUGGAAGGAAGGCAAUAUCCAGUUACCAUUCACUUCUCAAGGAGGACUCAACACGACUACGUCGAGGAGGCUUUCAAGAAGAUCAGCAGAGGUCAUCGAAAACUUCCCCCAGGAGGCAUCCUCGUGUUCAUGACUGGCCAAAACGAGAUCACGGAGCUUGGGAAGAAGCUCAAAAAGGCAUUCACUGGGAUGGACUCUGCCACGGUGCCGAAAGUCAGGCUGCCCGCUUACUUCGCCUCGAUAGAGGCUGAGGACAUAGAUUUUGGGGUUGAUGAUGACCGCGACGUAGAUGACUACGAUGACGGCCUGGAUUCUGGCGAUGAGGAAGAAGAGGACGAUGAGACUGAGUUUGAAAUCCCAGAAGAAGAGGGAGAAACAGGAUCCGGCCCGAAGCGCAUGCACGUUCUACCUCUGUAUUCACUCCUACCUACGAAAGAGCAAAUGCUUGUCUUUGAGCCGCCGCCAGACGGCUCCCGCAUGGUUAUCCUGGCCACCAACGUCGCCGAGACCAGUUUGACCAUCCCGGGCAUACGAUAUGUAUUCGACUGCGGGCGAUCAAAGGAGAGAAAAUACGACCAUCUGACUGGCGUCCAGAGCUUUGAGGUUGGUUGGAUCAGCAAGGCCAGUGCUAGCCAGAGGUCUGGGCGUGCAGGUCGAACGGGACCCGGUCACUGCUACAGAUUAUACUCUUCAGCUGUGUAUGAGAGGGAUUUUCAGGAAUUCGCCGAACCAGAAUUAUUGCGAAUACCCAUCGAAGGCGUGGUUCUCCAACUCAAGGCCAUGAACCUACAGAACGUCGUCAACUUCCCAUUUCCCACGCCUCCGGACAGACAAAGCCUGCGCAAGGCAGAAAGGCUGUUGAACUAUUUGUCCGCCAUCAACAGCAGCGGACAGGUUACGCAAAUCGGAAAGACCAUGUCUAUUUUCCCGCUAUCACCACGAUUCUCUCGCAUCCUCCUUGUCGGCCAUCAGUUCGAUUGUAUUCACUACACGAUUGCGUUGGUUGCCGGUCUUUCAGCUGCUGAAAUCUUCCUGCAAGAAUCACACGCAAUCCCGCAGCUCGCUUCCAAAGAAGACGGCGAGGAAAGCAUCCGCACGAAUGCGGGUGUGAACGCCGAAACUCGACAAGCCAGCGCCCGGCGUGCUUACAACACGGUGCACAAGAACUUCUGCUUCCUAGAUGACAAGGCUGACGCCAUCAAGCUGCUGCAAGUUGUCGGGGAGUUCGCGCACGAGCCGACCGAGGCGUGGUGCGAGUCGCACUUCGUCCAGUAUAAGACGCUGAAGGAGACCCUGCGGUUAAGGCAGCAGAUCACUGAACUCCUGCGGACGAACAUCGCAUCAUUCGCCGGCCUCUCGUUCCAGGCAAAGCUCCCCGCGCCGUCUGCGAAGCAGAUCACCGCCUUGAAGCAGAUGGUGGCCGCCGGGUUCAUCGACCAGGUCGCCAUCAGGAACGACAAGGCCCCGACGCCGCUAUCCAUGGGGCGGAAGCCUAGGCGGGCUAUCGAGGUGGCAUACCUGCCCCUGACGCCGCUCGCCGUGCCGGCGACAGCCGAGAACAGCGAGAAGGCCGUAUACCUGCAUCCGUCGUCCCCGAUGGCGCGCCUCAGCCCCGACGAGUGCCCGGACUAUGUCAUCUACUCGCGCCUGCAGAAGGCAUCCGGGGGCCGCACGAGAAUGCACACGCUCACCGAUGUGACGGGCAGACAGCUUGCGUCGCUGGCCAAGGGAACGCCGUUGAUCUCAUACGGGAAGCCUAUCAAGGAGGUCAAGCUGGAGAACACGGAGGGUGGAAAGUUGCGAGAGGUAUGGGUCGUGCCCUCGUUGAAUGCGGAGGGCAAGGGUGGCUUAGGAUGGCCCCUUCCUGCGAGGCAAGUCACGCAACGCAGGGUAGCGGGCAACUGGGUCGUGGAGUAG